UACUUCUGGUCAGGGACAGCUACGGAUUAGCCAGGGCUCUCAGAGCUGUGGAAGGAAUCACCUUAAGAGCAUUAUAAAAAUACAGCUUCCUGGGGCUCACCCCCUAGAACUCUGCUCUUGGGAGCUGAGGCCCUGAGGUUGUAUGGGGCAACCAGGCAGAAGCACCCAAAAGGAACAGAAUGCUCUGUGGACUCAGCAAGACUGGAGUUUGAAUCCUACCAUCUGAGAGUCAUGGGACCUGGGACAGGGCUUCCCUGAGCCUUGGUCUCCUCAUCUGUAGAGUGGAGGAGAGAAGGACCUGCAAAUCCAAUCUUGCAUCCUGGGGGUCAAGGAGUGGCCUCCAGAAGGCCCGCCCUCACCUCUUAACCCCAGGGAGGGUGUGAGACUGCACAAAAGGGACUGAUCAGGGCAGGGAAGGGGACUGGUGGGCCUGGGGCCUGCACAGGACUCAGGAGAGGGACUGAAGGGGAGCCCCUGCCGGGAGAGGGAAAGACCUGGAGCAAGCUGGGUGUCCCUGGUGCUGGGGCAGGAGGUCGAGGGCAUCUGACUACCAGUGGUUCCCUCCUCCUCUCUCUAGGGGGCUGUAGCUGGGCAGAGACUCAUGGUUGCCUCUCCUCUCACUGGAAGAGCUGAAGCUGGUCCUGCUGCCUCCCCUUCACCUGGGAGGACAGACAGAGGCCAGGAGCUACCCAGCCAAUGAAAAGGAGAGCUAGAGAGACAGACACUGACUCCUAAGGAGAGGUAGAGGGCUGGCUGUAGCCAGGAAUCAAGGUGGGAGGGAGAGGCCACACAUGGCCAAGGUCAGAACCAUGGCCCUCAGGGUGAAGAUAGAGGCUGGGGGCUCUGUCAUGGCUCUCCGCACUCUGACCACAAGGAAGCACUUUUGCAAUAAAGGAAAAAGAAGAAACCAGAUUGAUAAAGGAAGUGCUGGUUACUCUGGGUGCGGGUGAGUUUGUGGAAGGCUCUCACCCUCCCUUGCUCUUCUGAAGGGGCCUGAUCCACGCUCUCCGGGUGUCUCCUGACGCCCCAAGGAGGGGUGCCUAGGGCCUCCCCUCUGGCCUUGACGGAGCCGCUGUCUUCUCCUCCCCUGGGAGGAGAGUGAGGCAAUGGGUCUGUCCCUGCUGCUGUGUCUGCUGCUGCUGCCGACAUGUCUGCAGGCUGAUAGCUCAGAAGAAUGCAAUUUAAAUCCUGACUAUCGUCAGAUAGACCAACCAAAGCACCUCUCAGCCCCCAUAGGUGGCUCCGUCCACAUCAAUUUCUCAUUCUAUUACUGCUGGGAGUUAGCCAAGAAUUCCAGAGUAAGUGUGGCCUUGAGACGGACACAAUUCCAUGGGGAGUUCAUCUACAACAGUACUUGGCCGUUCAUCCAUAAGGACUACAAGAACCGGAUCUCCCUGAACUUGCCAAAGGGUCAGAAGUCUGGCUCCCUGAAGAUAUCGAACCUGCGGAAGGAGGAUGAGAAUAUGUACUUUUGCCGGGUCCAAGUGGAAACACGAGAAGAUGGCAAGAAGGUGUGGCAGGCCCGCCAGGGGACCAAACUCACCAUCACCCACGCUGCCAUGACGACCACUGAGGGCCCCACCAGCACUGCCCCCACCACCACUGGCCCCAGUGCCUUGGAAGGCAAUGGGAGCUCAGCGUCUUCACCCUUGAGUGUGGGACCUGUUGUUGUAGCGGCACUGGCUGGUGCCCUGAUCAAAAUUGCGAUUUUGGGACUGAUACUCUACCUCCGGUGGAAGAGAAGCAAAGGAUGAAGCCCAGGACAACAGCGGCGUCCUCUAUGCCUCCCUCUCCCUCUCCAGCUCCUCAUCACCAGUACCACCUCCCUGCAUCCCUCCCCAGAAGGAGACCCUAUACUCUCUCAUAAAGGCCUGAUGAGUGGGACUGGAGGAUGACCUCCUUGACUAAGCUGCCCAGCGGGUCACAGCUUUGAUAAUAACGCCAGCCAGACACAGAAGGCUCAGAGCCAGUGGUGUGGAAGGCCACCAAGGACCUCAGAGAAACAGAGCCAUCUGCUCCAAUUCCCUCUCCACCUUCCCAGCCUUUGCCCAGAAGAAUAAAAGUACCCGCAGAAUCUGCCCGAAGGCAUCUAAGGAGAAAACUGAUGGCAUCUUCCACUUCUGUCUUUUCCUUCUCACCAAAAAUGAACUAUACUAAAGAGCCCACGCUGAGAUCCCUCCCCCAGUACUGGAGUUUGGUGACUGCCUCUGGGGACCAAUAAGCCUGAAAGCUGGUAGCCAGCCCAGAACCCAGGGUCUGCCCCUCCUCUACCCGUUCUCCUUCCCCGACCAUCAGAACGAGCAUGUGUCCAGCGCACCACCUCAUUUAAGCAUCUCCAACAAGCUGACCCGGGACUGGAUGCACUCACCUGGAGCGUGAAGAGAACCACAAUGGUUAGCGCUUUUCUCCAGGCCACGCACCUAGUAAGUGGCUGAGCUGGGUCUGAACCCAGACCGGCCCUUCCCGACAGCCUUCUCCCAGGACUCCGGUGUCCCAGCCUUCCCAGAUCCCCAUGCUGUGCCAGCCUCGCAUAGAAACAGGGGCGUUCCACAGGAGCGGAGGGGAGGGAGGGAAGCUGCAGGGAAGCAUGUGGUUAGAGACCGACUACAGAAAGCUGGAAAGAUGUAAACUGUUUUAUUAACUUGUCAACCACACAGCUGGGACAUUAGCCAGGUUAACCUGUAGCCAGUGAACAAGCCCCACAUGUAGCAGCUUCUCAGAGACCCUCUGAGGGUCUCUCCCUGCUGCUGGCAGGGAAGGGGGUGAGACAGCAGCAGGGAGGCAGGCGCGCACAGCUAUUCCUCGAAGAAGGCCAAGGUGAAUUCGCCGGCCGCAUCUCCACACCGUGGCUCCUCCAGCUGCUUCGGCUCUUCUCCAGCAUCUUCCAGGAGUUGCUCCAGGUCCAGGUCACUGGAGGCUUCAUCAUCACGGGGGACACUUCCAGCCUCCCGAGGACACUUCCAGCCUCCCGAGGCUGUGGCUCCUUGGGUCCUGGCCCUUCUUCCCCACCCGGACCCCAUGGGGGCAGACCCCACAAUAAGCUGGUGGGGUCAGGUCCUUGGACACCAUUCUAGCUUCUUUGUCCUCAGACAAGCUGGUUCCUGUGGCCUUGCUUGGAGGAGUUUCUUGUUAUCUAGCCUGUUGUGUUUUUCUCCCUCCUACAGCUUUGACCCAUCAACUCUCAUUCCACCCUGGAAUCGGGGCCCCAAAGCCCUCUGGCAAGACACCCAGAGCUUCCUGUAGGAAGAGGUGAACAGGAAGGCCCUUGAGUGGUACCACUGUGUUUGCAAAGUGGACAAGAUACUGGAACUUCUCCAGAAGCUGGGCAGGAGUGAAGUCCUGGGCAAGGAGUCAGAGAUGGGCCACAGGUAACAGAUGCCCAGAGAAAUCAGGAAAAUUGCAUGGGUUUAUUUCAUGAUAUUUACAAACAGACCGCCAAGCUCCGGAGCAUUCAGAGAGGCAUUUUUCUUAGUUUCUGCUCUCAAGGGGCACCGUGUGGAGAGGACAUUUCCAGAAAAAAUGACUAACACCAGCCAUAUCUAGUGCUAAGUGAAUAAUAUAGAGAAUGCGUUACAAGCGUCUGAAGUAGUGGAAAAUUCAGAGGAGGUUUUUCUGUAGGAGAUGAGCGGAGUUGAGCCUGGAUGUUUGGGAUGGUACAGAAGAGGGAGGACAGCAGGAGGAGAGGAGGAUUAAAGGCCUGCGGGAGAAGGGGGAGGCAGGCGAUUCUGGCAGGCAGCGGGCAGUCCCAGCCAAGCUGGAGCAGAGCUGUCUUAGGACUGGGAGAGAAAGUCUGGGUUAUUCUUCAGGCAAUGUGGAGCCCCUGAAUAUUUGUGAGUAAAAGCAUGUAACCAUGGGUCAAGUUUUCCCAAGAGUUUACACAAAAGGGAAAUUGGAAGAAACUUCUAAGAGUACAAUCACUCUGGGCCCCACCCUGUAAGGCUGCUUUCCCACGGAUCCUGUGGCCUCUCUAAUGGGUCGUUUCCACCAGUGUCUGUAUCCACCCAGGGGCUCCUCUUGUUGCGACUGAAAGCAGAAAGCAGCUCAGGCAGCAAAGGGGGGGAUUAGCCCAGGUGACUGAAGAAUGCAGGGGUGGGUCUGGCUUUCAGAGCACGAACUUGUCCCCCUGUUUCUCUUCACUGCUCAUUUCUGCCCCCUACUGUUCAGUUUCAGCCUCAGCCUCCACUUGGCCCAAGAGCCCAUGGGCUCUUCCCACAAGGUGGCAAAUAAACUUAUUCUCUCAUGUCA